UGCAGUUAGAGUGAUCUGCCCCUUUACAUGGAAAUUCCAUCUUUGCAAGCCAAGAGUUUGUGAGGAGCGUACUGGGUCCAAAACUAUUUGAUUGUGAGGAUGAAUUCUACAGUAAAUGGCAAAAUUUGAAAUGGAUGAAUCAAGAAUGAAAAAACACCAAAGACAAACUAAAUCUGCUACCAGAGACAGGUCUGUAGGCAAAGAGACGGUACCCUUGAAAACGUAUAACCUCCGGAAACGGAAAUGUGAGAGUGGACAAUAUGGACAAGAUAAUAGUCCAACAAAAGUCCAAAACCCCAAACGGAGACGGAUCCAUUCAGAGCAUAAUGAAAAUAUUCCGACAAAAGUCCAAAAUUCCAAACGGAGACGGAUCCAGUUAGAUCAUAAUGAUAAAAGUCGGACAAAAGUCCAAAACUCUAAACGGAGAUGGAUCCAGUCAGAGCAUGAUGAUCAAAGAACAGAUAGUAGAGAAACGCAGUCAGCUAGAGAACGUAAACAUCAUCGUACGGAUGUAGGUGAAUCAAAUGAUAAAGAGGCAAAACAUCAGGGUGUCAAAACGAAAAAGCCAUUGAAAAGAAAAACCGUGAAGAAAUCGGAAGAAGAUGCCCAUCUUGAUGUAGGAUUUCAAACGAAGAAGGUUCAGAGAGUGCUUCGAUCGUCAAUUAAACACACCAAAGAGAGGAAGGAAAAAGUAAAUAAGCACCCUAAUUCUAAACUGAGGCUACAAUUGAAGAAAAACGGAGACAAGAAAGAAGAACUUCAAGGUAGAAUUCUGCCCGAAAAAUUUAAAAACCAGGGUACACAGAAAAAAACCACAAAACCACGAGUAAGAUGUUCGGCCUUUAAUAGAAAACCCAUUCCAAAGAAGGAAAAACAAUUAAGAGCAAACAAACGCCUGAAUUCUAAAGCCGAGAGCUUUAAAAAGUCAAAAGCAAAGACGAUCAAUCAAAUUUUGCCAAAGAAUAAAGACAUAUUGGUUCAGGAAAAACAAAAUACUGUACCAGACGAAACGUCUGCAAAAACUUUUUCCAGCUUGUUUUUAAAGAAAAUAAAAGUAAAACUUCAUCAUACUUUAGACCACACAUGGGCAAACAUACACGGAAUCAGUGUAUCUGAAGAUGAUCUAGUAUGGGUGAACCAUUUGGUAAACACAGUACAUCUUCAAAAUACAACAGGAGAGGUGAUAAGAACUUUUGAAUUAGACUUCAGACCUGUAUUCAAUUGCUGCACACCCUCUGGUGACGUUUUUUUAACACAGGGAUAUGGUGCCAAUGCCAAACCUACUAUAAGCUUAUUAUCACGGGAAGGAGAUAUAAAAGUUGUGGCCGAUCUUUCUUCGUACGCUUCAAAUCUUUGUGGAAUUUUAUGCCAAGAUGAAAGAAUAUACGUUGUUGCCUAUUGUGCAGAAGAUAAAAAUUACUUUGUUAUCAAACUGAAUAUAAAUGGAGAAGUUGAAAACGUUUACCAUACACAGAAGGCGUCAGAUAACAUAAAUCAGAUCAUAUCUCUAAAUGGUCAAAUAGCUGCCAUUCGCACAAAUUCAGACGGUUUGAUGCCUUUGGAAGCCGAUCGAAUUUCCUCAGUAAAGAUGAACAAAGUAAACAUGACUUUGUAUUCAGCGAGUGCAUCAGUGGACAAGUUAGGGAAUGUUAUCAUGGCAUCAAACGCAUCCCUCUUCAUCAUCAAUCCAAGUCUGGAGUACAUGCAUGAGAUAGAUACUGGUACUUCUGAAGAAAUCAUCUCAACAGCUGUUGAUCAACAAAAUCAGUUGUGGUUCGGUACCAGAUCUGGAAAGUUGUAUUCUACAAAAUACCUUAAAUAAUUAACAGCGUUCAGUUAAUGUUUCAAAGAACUUAUUGGAAAGUUAAUUAAAUCAAAGAAUCGAAAAUACAACAAGGAAAAACAGAAAUAUAGAAAAGGAACUUUUAUUAAUUUACUAUUGCUGUAUCAUAUAUACAUAUAGUUGAUAUGAACUGUACACAAUAUAUUGCGAGUCCACUACCAAAUUAAAGUUACAUCGACUCUUUUAAUAUAAAUUAAGUCGUACCAAAAUUUCGGGACCUAAAACCCCAAGGCCAAGCAAAUGCAAAAUAUGAAGAUACCCUACAUGCAUGUUCAACUUAUGGAUUGGGAUGAGACUGAUUGUAUCAAGAAACUUUAUUUACAAGUCUCAAUGACUCUUGCUUGACAAUCAUCGCUGACUUUCUGUACAUUUCCUUAACUAUUUCUUGUUCAGCAGCGAGCUUAAAUGAUUUAUUACAGUACCAACCAGACCCAACCUGACACAAAGCAGUCCCAGAGCGGUCCCGGGGACUGCUUUCUGGGACUGCUAAAGCAGUCCCAGAGUGGUCCCAGAGCAGUCCCACAGCGGUCCCAGCAGUCCCAGCGGUCCCAGAAAGCAGUCCCAGCAGUCCCAGACAGCAGUCCCAGCAGUCCCAGUGGGCGGGGUUAAUUAGUUUAAUGGGCGGAGCUUACUCAGAAUGAGAUUACCAAUAAACAAUGUAACUAUAUAAAAGGCAGUUGAAAUUGAUGAGCAAUUCUUUCUGAGUAGUAUCAACAAAUAUUUACAAUUCUUACGCGACAGUCAUUUCUGAACUGUUAAGAAAAUCACAGUACGCGUAUAGAAACAAAUUAUAAUUAUUGAA